UUGGAUCCGGCAACAGCCAUGAAGCGGCCGGCGGACGAUGCGGAGGAACCUGCCAAGAAGAGAGCUGCUGUGAGUGCAGAUGGCCCUUCCAAGGCUACUUACCUGGUUCAUGACAACGGUGGUCGCCCCUUCAAGAUCACAGUCCAGGGUGAUCCGCCCGGUGCUCCAAAGGCGGUUCAGGUCUUUAAGGCCAUCGACGAGGAUGACGAGGAUGACGAGGACGGGGAGGGGGACGGUGGGCCACCUGGCUCUGGUGUUCAGUGUCGAGUGAUCACGGCUGGGGAGCUUCAGAGAGAGCUUGGAGCUGAAGGACCGCUGCUUGUGCAGAUGGCCCCUGAAGCUGAAGGAGAAGAAGAGGAGGACGCUGAGGAGGACGCUGAGGAUGAGGAAGUGCCAAAAUAUGAAGAGGAGCCUUGUGUCUCCUUUUCUGCAGAGAGCGUUUUUGUCGGUCAGAGUCCCAAGCACGGUGCUCGCUUUGAUGGAAAUUCCCUGUUGCUGCACUUGGAGGGUUUGAAGUAUGUGUUUGUUGGAGAGAAUGUGUUCUCCUUUACAGCAAAAUCCCCCAUCACAAAGUAUGUCUCGCCCGUGGGCAAUAGUGACGUCCCUUACCCUUGGGCCAUGGAUGAACAAGGUUUCCGAUAUUUGAUGACCAGCUCCGUCAUUGUGACCGGCAAGCUUUUCGAGGACAGUGACACCGACACCGACCCUUACGAUCUGUUCUUCGACCGGGCUCUGAUGACCACGGACAUCGGUAUGGUGCCUCCAAAGCAACCUUUCCACGCGCAGUUCCAGGGCAUCACCGAAUUCUGGAUCGGCGAAGACCAGUACACCUUACGAUACGAGCCGCAGCCUGAAAAAGACUUCGAGCGCUUGUCGGAGAUGGGAGAGCUCUCUGUGGUGAAAGGUAGUGAAAAGAUCAAGCUCUCAAAGGAUGAUUAUGUGAAGCUGAUGCAGGACUUUGCUGAUUUAGCUGGCUUUGAGGCUCUCCACAGUGAGACAUUGGUUGAACGUAACAUUUGACCGAUUUGACCGGCGGUCGUCAUUGAAAACGAUUGCCAGCGCACUUUUGUUUCAACCAGGCGUGGAAUCAGUGGCUGUUUG